CCAUGUGAUCUCUGUGAUCAUUCAUGGAUUUCACACGUAGUAAGCAAUGAUGUCAGGAAGUGACAUCUUGUUUACUACUAUUCAUGUGAUCACUAAUUGGCCAAUCAGUGAUCACAUGAUUGGGACCUCACACAGAGCUCCCGUACAGCGAUUGGUGUUCCGCUGUGACACAGCGGGCACCGGAUCGCGGUGCUGCACGCUCCCAGGGAUUGCACACAAGCAGGGUGCGGGGAGACCAUUUAUAAACGGCCACCCGACCCUGCACUGCCACCGUCCGGCCGUUUAUAUACAACAGCCAGACGGG